GCACAACUUUUGCGGCUGAGAGCGCGCUCGCAUCCCGCUCCGCUCGCCGCCGCCCUCCGCCCGGCACCCGGCAUGUGAGCGCGGGCGGCCGCCGCCACCAUGGCCACGCCGCGCGCCCCGCGGUGGCCGCCGCCACCGCUGCUGCUGCUGCUGCUGCUACCGCUGCUGCUGCUGCGGCCCGCCGCCUCCGGGGCGCAGAGCCCGCUUCCCUCCCCGGCCCACCGUACACUCCUCCGGGCCGCGGGGCCGCUUUCGCCGCCUGGCGCUGGACACACGGUCCCCGGGCCCGGCGUCGCGACCCGGCGGGGACGUUCCGGACGUGUCCCCAGAGGCGUGAGCGCGGCCACUGCAAGGAACCAUUGGCCGGAAAGAAACAACACUGAACCCCACAUGGGAUACACCCCCGUUUAUCAGAGUCAAGAGGACCAUCUGGGUUCCAGAAAGGGAGUGACAGCUCAGACUGCCAGAAUGAGUCACAGUUCCUCAGAAGCCCCAGAAAACCCCUCUCUCCUCUCUGAAACAAGUGCUGAGUGGAGGACCAUGUCUUCCGGCAGAGCAGACAUCGCGGCUCUGCAACUCGGAUCCUCGCCCAAGAUCGCCACGGCGCGGACCGCCCCCAGCAGCUUGUCGUCCUUGGAAAACCUUCCUCAGCCACACAGCAGUUCCAGGUCCCAAAGAAGAAUCCCCUCUUCUCAAACAGAGAGUGAAACAUCCCCAGGCUUCCCGGAGAGGACCAGGCAAGAAGGGACUGUGCACACACAAGUGGCUGGCACCUGGGUUUCCAGCCGCACCUCCGUUCCUGCUCUGGAAACUGGGGAGCCAACUGUACUCUCCCAGGAGAGAGAUUCAUCUGGCCAGGAAUACUCCGGGCCACCAUUCUCCUGGACUCAGAGUCACCCUCCUCCUUCAGACCACCCCUCGUCUUCUGGAAGUAUGAGGAAUGGGAAUAACUUCACCGCUCUCCAAAACCCAUCAAUCACCCAGACAAAGAGCAUGCUCAUCACUGACACAUUCACCAAUGGCGUCCCAAGAACGCCCCGGUCUCUGCCUGUCAGUGUGGAGCCUACAAACGAGACAGAGGGCUUCCCCGAGCGCUCCCGACUUGCUAUAACUUCAGUGUCGGUCCACUCUUCGCCCUCUGCGAAGGACUCAAGGACGGACAGCAGACUAACUGAGCAUCUGGGAGAUGGAGAAGGUGCUGAGCUGUUUACAGAAAAUGGAUAUGGCUUCCCAUCUAUACGCUGGCAAAGUGAUGCCCCCUCCUUCGGAGGACACCAGCUCGCCAGCAGCUCCGAAGCAGGAAAUGGAAGGACCGUGCCUCUGACUGAGACUGGGUCUAAGUCAGUCUCCUCCAUUGAUAGUGGAGAGAGCUCAGAACCAUGGUUCCCCGCCAAGAACAGAACAUCUACAGAUAUGGCAGGAAGCUCGGCUUUGCAUCCAGAAGCUGGGGGUCCUUGGGGUUUGACUCAGUCCUCACUCGAUGCACGACAGCCGCAAGGUGGUGCCUCGGGGUUGGGUGGGAGGAGCUACGCAGAGUCUUCAUCUUCUUCAUCUACAUCUUCUUCCGAGAGUCUGGAUUCCCCAGCACCUGGAAGAGCGCAUUCAACUCCGGAAGAUGGUGCGUUGCUAAGCGACAGCUCCGCUCUGGCAGACAGCACUUCGGGGGCGCGCGCUCCUCACACAUCAGCAAUGUUCACCCGGAGCGGGGAGCGCACGCAGCGGUCCCUUGACCUCUCGCGUGCAGCGACCCGCUCUGCACGCCCCACUCCACGCGGGAACGUGACGGAGCACGCUGGCCUGCUAUCCGGGCCACCAACCCUCGGAGUCACUGGACUUAGCUACACUCAAGAGCAUGGCUCAGACGCUGGACAAAGGACUUCCAGCGACCACACAGACCAUGCCUAUGUUCCGUCUACUUUCACCAAAGGAGAACGGACGUUGCUGUCCAUUACAGAUAACACUUCCUACUCGGAGGCCGGCGAGAGCUCAACCUCUUCCAUUAAGAUCUCAGACUCUACACACUUGGACUCUCCUUCUCAGGCUCAGCCUAAGCAAAGUAGCCAGUCCUCCUACAAUGGUGAGCCUGCUCAGUCUUCCACCGAGUCACCGGUUCUGCCUACGUCCAGCCUUCCACCCCACACACCCACCGUUAAUAUGCCAAACACCUCAGUUCUCGAUACCAGCACCGAACCUGUUGAGGACCCAUCUGAUUCAGGGGUGCCUUCAAUGCCGCCCUCACCGUCACAGCCCCAGCCGUUCUCAUCAGCCUUACCGUCAACCGGGUCUCCCAUACAGCAGCUAAAGUCUACCUCUGAGACAGCCACGUCCUCACCGUCAGCUUCACCGGUCUCCUUAAUGGUGUCGACUCUCGUCCCAUAUCCUGUCUCACAGACAACUUUCACACAUCUGUCUUCCACCCUAGCCCCUCACCAGGCAAGGGAGCCACGUGUGACUUCAGUCCAAAUGUCAACGACGGUAGCAGCCGUUGUGUUGAUCCCCAGCAACCAAACCGCAGACCCCAAGAACCAGAGCACCCCACAGCAAGAGAAACCCAUCACAGGAGCUAAGUCACCAAGCUUCGUGUCUCCGCCCACAGACUCUACCAGAGCAGUAACAGUGAGCCUUCCUCCAGGGGCCCCAGGGGCCCCAGCCUUAACAGGGUUCUCCACAGAGCCAGCCCUUCCAGCCACAAGCACCAGCUUAGCCCAGAGGUCUCCAGCUUUGACAUCCACCAUGUCCCAUACUACUACUAACUCUCCUGUGACCAGUCCCAGUACCCCGUCACGUGUAGAAGCUUUGACCCCAGAUCCUGUAGCUGUGCACACUACCCCGAAGAAACAAUACCUCCCAACCAACCCUGAAAUUCUAGUGCCACAAAUCUCAACUAAAGGGGCCAUCACCACAGAAGGGAACCAGGGUUAUACGGAUCCUACCACUCACUCAAUCCCUCUGACCACAUCAACCAUACCAGCAGAAGAAAUGAUCACGGAGAUUGGCCAUGCGGAAGAGUCCAGCCCGGUUUCACAUUUUCUUAGACCGUCUUCACCUCAGACCACAGAUGUUUCCACAGCUGAAAUGUUGACUUUCAAAUAUACCACCUUUGCUGCUCAGAGCACCCUGCAGUCACCAACAGCACUGUCACCUCUAACCCCAGUCCACAGCUGUCCCGUGAACCCUUGUCUUCACGACGGCAAAUGCAUUGUGGACCUCGCCGGUCGUGGGUAUCGAUGUGUGUGCCCGCCUGCCUGGCAAGGGGAGAACUGCAGCGUGGAUGUGAACGAAUGCCACUCCAGCCCCUGUCCUCCCCUGGCCGUGUGCAACAAUACUCAGGGAUCUUUCACCUGCAGAUGCCCAGUCGGGUACCAGUUGGAGAAAGGGAUAUGCAGUCUGGUUAGAACCUUCGUGACCGAGUUUAAGUUAAAGAAGACUUUUCUCAAUACUACUGCAGAAAACCAUUCCAGCACUCACGAACUUGAAAAGGAGCUCGCUCAAACAUUGAACGUAUGUUUUUCAACAUUGCCUGGUUAUAUCCGAACUACAGUCGGGGCGUCUAGAGAGCCCAGUACAGUGGUCAUCUCACUACAAACCACCUUUGUCCUGGCCUCCAAUGUGACGCUGUUUGACCUGGCUGACAGGAUCCAGAAAUACGUCAACUCCUGCAGGUCCUCUGCUGAAGUCUGCCAGCUCUUGGGGUCUCAGAAGCGGGUCUUUCGAGCGGGCAGCUUGUGUAAGCGGAAGAGUCCAGAAUGUGACAAAGAGACCUCCAUCUGCACCGACCUGGAUGGCGUCGCACUGUGUCAAUGCAAAUCUGGCUACUUUCAGUUCAACAAGAUGGAUCACUCUUGCCGAGCCUGUGAAGAUGGAUAUAGGCUUGAAAAUGAAACCUGUAUGAGUUGCCCAUUCGGCCUCGGUGGUCUCAACUGUGGAAACCCCUAUCAGCUCAUCACCGUGGUGAUCGCAGCGGCAGGAGGUGGCCUCCUGCUCAUCCUGGGCCUUGCACUCAUUGUUACCUGUUGUAGAAAGAGUAAAAAUGACAUAAGUAAACUCAUCUUCAAAAGUGGGGACUUCCAAAUGUCCCCAUACGCCGAGUACCCCAAGAAUCCUCGCUCACAGGAGUGGGGCCGGGAAGCCAUUGAGAUGCACGAGAACAACGGAAGCACCAAAAACCUCCUGCAGACGACAGACGUGCGCUCGCCCACAAACGUAAGGAACCCUGAACUUGAACGCAACGGACUGUACCCAGCCUACACUGGAUUGCCCGGAUCAAGGCACUCUUGCAUUUUCCCAGGACAGUAUAACCCAUCUUUCAUCAGCGACGAGAGCAGGAGGAGAGACUACUUCUGAUUCCAGGAGACAGGGGGGUCCCCCGUUUCUCUGAGCCACUUCCCGGAAUGUCUGGCUUGGAAGACUAUACCGGAAGGGAGUAACAUGCACUAGCUCCUCAGAGCCAUGCUUGAGGGGAGUGACCGAGGUGGAAAGGACAGAUGGAUGCGGAACUGCAGGCCACUCAUUCAGCGCUGUUGCUACUGUGAACGUGGUCGUGGGCCAGUACCGAGUCUCUAAAUGCCUGGCACGUAGAACUGGAUGGCUUCCGUAACAGACCACUAGGCUUCACUUCCAGGAUCCAGUUUUCCCCUUGAUUUGCACUUUAAUAGAUUGGGCAGGGAGGCUGCAAUUUGGACACAUUUCCAGACUAUUCCAGAAAGCCUUUCUUUUCCAGGAUAUUUCCACAGGCCUCGGUUUGGUUUGAUUGGCAGCCAGGGGCUGGCACUUAUGUUUUCCUGCCUGGCGCCUUGUGCUAAACAACAGAUGGAGGUCAACGCCACUGUGAUGGCGUGGCCAAGCAGCGCAGAGUAUUUUAAGGUUUCUAGGUUGUCAGUGUUCAUCUCCAUGCCAUAAAUGAGACCGUGGCAUUCGCAAGGCUCAGCACAAAACUUGUUUUAAGUCAAGGGGACACAUAGGCUUUACAAUGUGUUAGUUUUACUUUCCCGAGCAAGUAUGACUAAUCAGGGCAAAACAGCAUUCCUUUGGUUUUCAUUAGAAGCAUCCAGGUGCCCCUUCGUGUGUUCCAGCAGGCAAUGUCAGUCAGGCAGGUCCUACCCGGAGCCAGAGUCUGCAGGCUGUAGUAGGAGAGGCAGUCGCAGGUGUGUCUGAGCUAGUGUCUCACCGCUGGAGGGAAAGCAGUCUGUGUCACAGCAGAGCGUGGCAGAGGAGUGAACCUGACACGUUCCCGAACCCCAGCAGAAACUGGGGGCUCCCCCAAGAAGAAUGGGGAGCUAGGAGGAAGCCACAGGUAAGGGUGCACACCUGCCAGCCUUGGAGCCCAUAAAAUUAUCUGCAAACUCAAUGGAAACUUGUAACCACUUAGAGCUAUUUAUUCACUGAAGAGAGAACUUAAUUUCUCUCACCCAGUCACUGAUACAUCUGUGUUCUUGUGCAGUGUUCCCCUCAAGACUCUGUUAUGGUCUGAGUCAGCUCUGGAGAACUAAAACCUGGCCAGCUAGGGUCUGAGAUCUUGGUUUGGGGGAAGGAAGUUCUGUCUUUUGUUUCUUGUAUUGUGGGAUCCUGGGGGCGGGAGGGCUGUGUGGUGUUCCAUCCCCUGUGGUACCAUCAGCAUGUGGGAUGUCCUGGUUCUGGAUGAGGUGAAGAGGUCGAAGCGUUAUCCCCACCCUGAAGCUGGGGGCUCAGCAGCAUUUAUUUCUGGAAAUGGGACAGCUGUUGGAAAUGGUUCCGUAUGUGUUUCUUUGACGUUCUCUGGUUCCUCCAAAAUUUACAAAGGUUCCCAUCCUCUUUUAAGUAUACACUGUGUCCCAUGGUCUGGUGACAUGUGUCACCGGUGAACUGUCACCAAUCACUCUCACCCCCUACAGCAGGACCAUGAAUCGGGUGCAGAGGAUUUUUAACCAAGUCACAUUCCUUAGUACAGAGGAUUCUGCUGUUCCUGAUUGAUGCUAACUUAAAAGUUGCAAAGCACUGUCUUCUCGAAGCCGGGGGUCUUGUUUGUGUCUCUUUGGGGGAACCAAUGGCCCCUUGUGUUUUUGUGAGCCCCUGUGCUUGCCUUCCCUGAGCCCAGAUUCCUUUCGAGGUAGCCAGGUUCUAUCCCUUCCAGUAGUAUUCAGGCUUGUCCCAAGCCUCAUUGCUGUGGGAAGAGCCAGUGUGAUGGCUGUUCCCAGCCACACGUCUAAUGCCUUCAGCUAGCAUCGCAGCUGGUGAGCACCUGUGUAGGGGGCAGACUCCCAGCUGGGUGAGCACCUGGGUAGGGGGCAGACUCCCAGCUGGGUGAGCACCUGGGUAGGGGGCAGACUCCCAGCUGGUGAGCAGCUAUAUAGGGCCAGGAACUUCCAGCCCUACAGAAUGAAGUGCUCUGUUUCUAGGAAGAAUUCCAACAUCCAGAAAAGAGUCCUGUGAGUUUUCCAAAAAUGCCUGCUGACUCAUGAGUUUGGCCCAAAUAGAGCGGAGUGAAAGUGUUUUUGUUUUGUUCUUUUUUUUUUUUUUUUUUAACUGUGAAAGACACAAGGAGAGCCCCCAAACAAGGGUGCUGUUACACUGGGUCUAUAGUUUGUGGGUGGGGGAGGAGCUUGCAGUAGAAAGGCCUCUGCCCACCAUUGGGAGGAGUGGAGUGUAGGUGCUCUCCUACUUGGGGUUACAUCCAGAAGCUAGCCCAGAGAGGACACCAGCAACCCAUGAGAAAGACAGACAGGAUGAGCCCAUGUCUGGACAUGCAGAGUCUAUGGUUUUACUCAGAGUCUGUCCCCACCCCUAGAACGAAUAAUUCGUGUGCAUAGAAGUGUCACAGUCCUGAAUUGGGGUUCCACGAUGAGGGAAGUGGGCAGAAAGGAAAAGCUACACUGCCUAGGAGAUGCUUGUAUGGGGAAGAUCCAGGCCAGGUAGAACUUGUCUACCGUGGGGCAUUCAGGAACAGGGCUAAGAAAAGGGUUUUUCUGGAGCUGGCCUGAGCAUUGUAUAAACUCCAAGGGUUUUUGAUUUUGUUGUUGUUUGUUGUUUGAUUUUUUUUCUUUCUGCUUCAUGUGUUCCCACCAUGGGCCAGGCUUUAUGCAAGGUAUCUGGCCUUACAGCACCUGUGUUAGCCAAUGAUGAACAUCCAGAGAAGAGGCAUGGGAAUGUAGCUUCGAUGGCAGAGUGCUUGCCUAGCAGGUACAGAGCCCUGAGUUUUAUCCUCAGGACCGCAUAAACAGGGUGCAGUGGUACACUCUUGUAAUCCCAGCCCUCAGAAGUUUGAGGCAGGAGGAUCAGGAGUUCAAGGCCUUCCUGGAGAACAUGGCACCUUGUCUUAAAAAGGGAACUAUUGGCUGGUUUGUGGUUGGCAAGAGGCAUAUUGGUAUGUGGCGUGGGCCCUCAGAAGUGAAAGGGUGUGGUCUAGGUGGGGUUUUUGACAAGCACAGCCAGGCCGAGGCACCCAUGUGAGGGUUGCUGCCUCAUUCUCAGAAUGAGGCCAUAACCCCCAAGUAGUAGAAAUGUGAACCUGUGUGGGCUGGGGACAGAGCUGAGUGUCUGAGGUGCUGAAUGAUCUUCCUAACCGGGGAGGCUAUUUCUAAAAGCAUCCAAGUCAUGUUGAACCAGAACUACUAUAUGAUCGGUGCAGUCAAGCUGCCUGGUGGUAUUUGAGGUCAAAGACUAAGAGCUGACUAUUAGACUAUUAUGGUCUAAAAGAGGAAGUCGUAAAAGCUGGCCCAUAGUAGAACGUAGCAUUGUUGGGAAAAGACUGUAGUUAAAGUCUUUUAGAGAUGCUGUGUCUAUUCAAGAGUGAGAUUCCAGGGUGGGCACAUUAGCUUUUGGAUGCCCGCUUAAGCCGCUUUGCCCAGUAGUGAAGUGUAUGGGUGUCUAUAACAAUGGGACUUUGUCUAAAGCAAUGAAGCUAUACAGCCAAGUUGCCCUUGGUUUAGUGUUUCACAACGCACUCAAAAGCAGGGGCUUUACCCUUAUUUCUAAAUUUAUAUCGAUUUUUCUUUUGAGACCAAAGCACUUCUUUGGGAGGAAGAAGAAUACGAAGUUUUGUAUUUUGACAUUUUAUUUAAAACAGUCCAUAAGAGCAAAUAGUUGUUUAUCUACCUGAAAGCUGUUUUUCUUCUUCUGCUUCUUUGGGAGGGGAGAGCCUCGCACAUACCAGACAAGUGCCGUCCUGUGGCGCUGCACACCCCGGCCCUCUCAUUUCUUCUUGACAGUAUCAUCCUAAGGUUCACCCCAGCACGUCUGGAUACGAAAAUGAUUCUGUAGUUUGUCUUUGGGAAUGUGUGUUCUUUUUUUCUUUCCUUUUCUUUUUCUUUUUCUUUUUUUUUUCCCUCAAAUCCCCAAAGGGGAAAAACAAUAGGAGCAUUGAAGUUAAAAUAAUAACUUUAAACUUUAAAAAAAAAAUAACUGGUUAAAAUCAUAGGAACAUUAAAGUGUUAAAUGCCAACCAAUUCAUUGUACUUCAGUGUCUCCAUGAAGUCACACCUCUUUAGGUCUGGAAGCUUUAACCUGCACAAUAGCCCGUGAAACCCAAGGGGGACUGUUUAGGUCUGAAAGGAGGCAGGUCCUGGCCUGCCUCUGUCACGUGGGCAUCUUCAAAGAAAACAUUUCCAGUGAGGCCGCCUGGUAGAUUGUGCUAUAAUUUUAAAUGAUGGUCUCAAUGUCCUUGACCUGACUUGUUGAGGACAGGGUGAAAAUCGGGGUGGGAUGGAGCCACUUUGUCAGGGGAAACUGAACCCACUCCCUUAACUUUCUCUCUACAGAGAGAAGGAUAGUUCACCACGAGCUGCUGUGAGUUUUGGUGACUUCUAUGUGUGUUGCUGGUGUUACAGGUCAAUGGAGAUGAGGCUGCAGUACAAACUCUGUUCCGUUUGUCCUGGAUUUUGUUCUGUAUACCUUUAAUGCUGACACCUGCGGGUUGACUGUGCGAGACCCAUCAUGAGAAUGUUAUUUAAAGUUGUAUUAUAAUGUCACCUCCACUAAUUAUUCAGUACUGUAGCAGCAAUGUAUUAUUUGUAAGAAUUUGGUUAUUUUUAUACUUAUAUCCACUCUAAGUCUGGCGUUCUAGUCAGCAAAAAAAAAAAAAAAAAUGCAAUAAAAUUAGUAAGGUUCCCAUUGGUUUUCUCUUAAAACAAGCAAA